AUGUGGGUUCUAAUAGAGCAUCAACGCUAUUUCUUUUCUUCACUACUCUACCAAAUCCACAUAAGAACAAGAUACCCCAACCUCAGGGCACCAGAAAAGUUGGACCAUUGGCUACAUAAGACUAACAAGCGCGAGAAUGGCCGACAUACUGCACAAUCAUGGCGCGAUCGCUAUGUCAAGAAGUUAUCAAUCCUUGGCAGGGGCGAACUGGAACGUAUGGCAGCCUCUGUAUCAGUAGAGACCUUACCAGAAACCCGCAACGCAGUUCAAACGGAGCGGGCGCCCAACUUGACUGAAAGAAGCCUGCAACAGCCUGCUGCUCAGCAACAUCCCAAGCACCAACAACGAAAUGACAGCCCAGAAGACGCUCUCGUGUUAGACCCAGCAUCAGAGCAUACGAAAGAGACAUCGUUGCCACCAAAUACUGAAGAGGUCGAAAGUCCAAUCCAGAAUUCCCCAUUCUUUAAAGGACCCGAAGACAGGGAAAUAGGAAAACAUAGCUUCUAUCGGGACUUUGAUAUCUGGCUCGAUAUGAACGAAAAGGAAGUCGAAAGAAGUCGGGAUAUCGAAGGGACGCUCGUAGAACUAUUCGACUUGGCAAUGGCUAUCAACAAGGCACCUUGUUUUCCAGACAGCGGUACUGUCGACUGGACAAUAGUCGCCAAAAUUCUGGGUUUUGAAGAUCCAAAUGUGUACCUGGUCAACGAGGUGGAACGUUUUCAUAGAGAAUGUCUCGAGGAGUUUAUAAUCGCCGUAAAUGAGUUUAGCACCGACAAAGAGGAAGAGGAAGAGGAAGAAGAGGAGGAGGAUAUAUAUGAAGAACGUGUCAAAAAGGAAGAGCCCGCCUCAGGUUCAAAAGCAGCCCCUGAGAUGGGCCUCACUCAGGAAAUCGACUGGGAAGAUGGCCAAGAAGAAGGCCCGCCGCAAAGCUAUGAACGGAGUUCGCCGCCCGUCACUAUUUCUGGAUUGAAGCGGUCCGCAGACCGCGAGCUCACCUCGUUUGACAAUGCAAGGAAAAGAAGGCGCUAUGAUCCAGAUAUGGAGAUACCAACAACACCAGAAACCGAACUAACUCCCGAUGUGGUUCCCGUGCGAAACACCUCUCCCAGUGCUCUUGUGAGCUCUCAAUGGCAAGAUUAUACCGGCGAAAGCGAAGCUUCGCAGCAUCUUCCUCCGCUUCCUCCUCUUGUAGAGGAAUCACAGGAUCUUGGAAUGUCGGCGAUUCCCCAACGGGAAAUUCUGCAUCAAUCCGUGGAAAGCCUUCCUCCAGAGGGCGAAACAAUGGAUUUUACGCCAAUACCGUUCGAUCUAGACACAGGCCAUCAGGAGAGGUCGUCGGCUAGUAAACGUCGCGAUCCGGCGCCCAAAUCAUUGAGACACCGUGACAGCAGUUUCACAAGCGAACUGACCCUCAGACGAGCUGUUCCCUCGACCAAAGCAGACUCAAAAUCGACUACCCGAUCUACAGUUAGACGCUCUCUUCCCGCAUCAUUCAACUCAUCCCGAAAUCCAACUCCUCGAAAGCCACCACCCCGAGACAACCCGCCUCGCAGUUCAGAUCAGACUAAUUCUCAGGAGAUUGAAAAAUGGAUUUCACACUACCAAUUAGAAGGAUUCUCACGUCGCGUCGUUGUUGAAGGUCUUAGGCGCACGACUCUUACACCCGGGAAAAUGGCGCUUCUUGUCAUGAAGCAUCUAAGCGAAGGCCACGAUGUGCCCUCCCGCCAUGAAGGAAUAUGGACAGAUCGUGACGAUGGAGACUUGGAGUUCUCAUUGAGCGUCGACUUCAGCCGAUCUCCCGCCAAUGAAAAGGAAGAGCGGGAUCAGGAGCUCGCACAGAAAGCCCACAAUCGUCUCAUUAAAAAACAUGGCAAGCAGAGGUUUGAACUAAGAAAGCGCUUCUUGGAAGCCGAAACAGAGAAAGGACACGGCCUGGGUCGUUAG